AUGACAACAAAGAACAUGCCUCCCAAUACAACCCAGUAUCUUGUUAGGUAUGUAUCUCCUAGCCAACCAAAGAAUGGAAACAAUAGAUAUGUGGCUGCUAGAAUUACAUUGAAGAGGACAAAGAAGGUGGACAUGAAACCUAAGGUGUUAGUUGCUAAAAUUGAUGUUAAUUCUUCAAGAGAUCAUGUCUACAUACAUCUACAUCCUGGUGCUAUUAUUAAUGGAAGAGAGUCAUUUAUGGUGAGAGCUAAAACAACAAUUAUUACUGACCCCUCACAAAUUGGAACCCAAUUCACUGAAGUUGCUGGAAUGGCAGAGGCUAAAGCAGAAGUGAUGGAAUUUGUAGAUUAUCUUAAAUCUCCAAUGAGGUUUACUGAUUUAGGGGCUAGGAUCCCUAAAGGGGCUCUCUUGCAUGGACCUCCUGGGACAGGAAAGACCUUACUAGCACGAGCAAUAGCUAGUGAAGCUAGUGUACCAUUUAUUUCUAUUGCUGGUCCUGAUUUUGUAGAAAUGUUUGCUGGAGUUGGUUCAGCUCGAGUUAGAGCUUUUGGACAAGCUAGAAAGAAUGCGCCUUGUAUUCUGUAUAUUGAUGAGAUUGAUGCUGUGGGAAAAUCACGACAAUCAGGACCUGCUGUUGAAGGUACAAGUGAACAAGAAAAUACUCUAAAUCAAAUAUUAGUUGAAAUGGAUGGUAUCAAUCCAUUGGAAGGUGUUGUAGUUUUGGCUUCAACAAAUCGUGUUGAUAUACUUGAUAAAGCUCUCCUACGACCUGGUCGUUUCGAUCGUCAAAUUGCUAUAGAUUUGCCAACACUUCCAGAGAGAAAAGCAAUCUUUGAGGUCUACCUACGCAGAAUAUUAUUAGAAAGACCAUUAUCGGAAUACUCAUCCCGUCUCGCAGCACUGACCCCUGGCCAUAGUGGGGCUGAUAUCGCUAAUAUAGUCAAUGAAGCAGCUCUCCAUGCAGCUCGAGAGAAGGGAACAAAGGUUACUGAACGGAACUUUGAGUAUGCUAUAGAACGUAUUAUAGCUGGUAUGAAAAAGAAGAACUCAACGUUGAGUUCUGAAGAGAGAAAGAAAGUUGCUUAUCAUGAGGCCGGCCAUGCUGUUGUGGGUUGGCUUCUGGAACACACAGAUCCUAUCAUGAAAGUAUCUAUUGUCCCUCGAACUAAAGGACCUCUUGGUUUUGCUCAAUAUUUGCCAUCAGAUCAAAAACUAUACACCAGAGAACAGUUAUUUGAUCGUAUGUGUAUGAUUCUUGGAGGUAGAGCAGCUGAAGCAAUUUUCUUCAGACAAAUAACAACAGGAGCUCGAGACGAUCUUGAGAAAGUUACUAAUAUGGCUUACAGACAGAUAGCAGAGUUUGGUAUGAGUCCAACUAUUGGUCAUAUCUCUUUGCCUCAGUCUCGAUCAACAGAGCCAACUAAGAGAUUUUACAGCAAUAAACUAGCAAAAAUGAUUGAUGAGGAAGCAAGAAGUCUUGUCAAUUCAGCUUAUUCUAGAGCAGAGACAAUUUUAAAGGAAAAUCAAGAGAAAGUGGAAAAGCUUGCUGAGUGUUUACUAGAGAAAGAAGUACUAAAUUAUAAAGAUCUUGUUGAAAUUUUAGGUUCCAUACCAUAUCAGAAAACACACCAUCAUUAUCAAGACCUUGAGGAUAUGUGUCGUGGGUGUAGCAGCACAAACAAACCAGAUAUGCCUAAGAAAAAAGGAAAGAAAGCUUAUCGUCCUCCUCCCUGCACUCCAGAGGAAUGCCUGCAUGAAGGUCUAAGAAGGACAAGAUGGUGGCUGCAGGAGGACAGUGCUAUCAUUCAAACAUAUUUUGAAAGACGGGGUCACGAAGACAUUUCUGUUGAAGAUUGCAUUGCAACAUUAAGACACUUGCAGGCACCUUUGUCUUCAGAACAAACUAAUUUGUUGCUAAGAUACUUGGAUCCAGCUCAUUCUGGUACCAUCACUGUCAAAUUUUUGACAGAUAUAGCUGAAAAAAACAGAUCAAGAUUUGUUAAAGAUAGCAUAUACCACGUCACUUAUGGAUCCUCCUCCCCUCCUCCUGAGACUGAUGGAGGUGUUAGUAAAAAGAAGAAAAAGAAGGAAAAAGAAAGAGAUUGA